CCCGUUGAACAUAAUAACCCUGCACUCUCUCCCAACUUCGAAUCUCCUGUCUACGAGGCUGAAGAGGAGGAGGAUGAUGAAAUCCCGGAGGAACUUGCUCGGUUAUUGGAAUAUGAAAAGAAAACCAUCGGCCUCAUGAGGAGUUAGUAGAGGUGAUUAACUUGGGAACCGAGGAAGAUAAGAAGGAAGUCAAGAUUGGGGCAUCGCUUGAGGCAACUGUCAAACGAAGGGUGAUUGAAUUACUCAAAGAAUAUGCCGAUGUGUUCGCAUGGUCGUACCAGGAUAUGCCCGGCUUGGAUCCCCGUAUUGUGGAGCACCGUUUGCCUUUGAAGCCCGAAUGCCCACCGGUCAAGCAGAAACUGAGAAGAACUCACCCUGAUAUGGCUCUCAAGAUCAAAGAGGAAGUACAGAAGCAGAUCGAUGCAGGUUUUCUUGUCACAUCAGAGUAUCCUCCAUGGUUAGCCAACAUAGUGCCUGUUCCAAAGAGGGACGGCAAAGUCAGGAUGUGCGUUGACUACCGGGAUUUGAACAAGGCUAGUCCGAAAGAUGACUUUCCUCUACCUCACAUCGAUGUAUUGGUUGACAGCGCUGCAAAGGCCAAGGUCUUCUCCUUCAUGGACGGUUUCUCUGGGUACAAUCAGAUCAAGAUGGCAGUUGAGGACAGAGAAAAGACAUCUUUCAUCACGCCUUGGGGCACCUUUUGUUACAGGGUAAUGCCUUUUGGGUUGAUAAAUGCAGGUGCCACUUACCAAAGAGGCAUGACCACUCUCUUUCAUGACAUGAUGCACAAAGAGAUAGAAGUGUACGUGGAUGAUAUGAUUGUCAAGUCAGGCACUGAAGAAGAACAUGUCGAGUACUUGCUGAAGAUGUUUCAACGGCUGAGAAAGUACCAACUUCGACUGAAUCCCAACAAAUGUACCUUUGGUGUUAGAUCUGGAAAACUCUUGGGUUUCAUUGUCAGUCAGAAAGGUAUUGAAGUAGAUCCUGACAAGGUCAAGGCUAUUAGAGAAAUGCCGGUUCCACAAACAGAGAAACAAGUGAGAGGUUUUCUUGGGCGUCUAAAUUACAUUUCUCGUUUCAUCUCGCACAUGACAGCCACUUGCGGACCUAUAUUCAAGUUGCUUCGAAAAGAUCAAGGGGUUGUUUGGACCAAAGAUUGUCAAAAGGCUUUUGAUAGUAUCAAGAAUUAUCUGCUAGAACCUCCAAUUCUUAUACCGCCAGUCGAAGGAAGGCCUCUGAUUAUGUACUUGACUGUGUUAGAAGAUUCUAUGGGCUGUGUGCUCGGACAACAGGAUGAGACCGGAAGGAAAGAACAUGCCAUCUACUACUUGAGCAAGAAGUUUACCGAUUGUGAGUCCAGGUACUCCCUACUUGAGAAAACUUGUUGUGCACUAGCUUGGGCUGCCAAGCGUCUUCGUCACUACAUGAUUAACCACACCACCUGGCUAAUAUCCAAAAUGGACCCGAUCAAGUAUAUCUUUGAGAAACCCGCUCUGACAGGAAGAAUUGCUCGUUGGCAGAUGUUGUUAUCCGAGUAUGAUAUCGAAUAUCACACCCAGAAGGCAAUUAAGGGGAGUGUUCUUGCUGAUCAUUUGGCUCACCAACCAAUUGAGGACUAUCAACCCAUCAAGUUUGACUUUCCUGAUGAAGAGAUUAUGUACUUGAAGAUGAAGGAUUGUGAUGAACCAUUACUUGGAGAAGGUCCAGAUCCCGAGUCUAGAUGGGGUUUGAUUUUUGAUGGAGCCGUGAAUGUCUUUGGCAAUGGAAUUGGGGCAGUUAUCAUCACUCCUGAAGGUAAUCAUCUCCCUUUCGCUGCAAGGUUACAGUUCGAUUGCACCAACAAUGUGGCAGAGUAUGAAGCAUGUAUCCUGGGCAUUGAAAAAGCCAUUGACUUGAAAAUCAAGAACCUUGACAUUUACGGGGAUUCAGCUCUCGUAAUCAACCAAAUCAAAGGAGAAUGGGAAACUCGCCACCCCGGCUUGAUUCCAUACAAAGAUUAUGCAAGGCGUUUGCUAACCUUCUUCAACAAAGUGGAGCUUCACCACAUCCCUCGUGAUGAGAACCAGAUGGCAGAUGCGUUAGCAACUUUAUCCUCUAUGUACGAAGUGAGUCACCGGAAUAAUUUGCCAACAAUCAGAAUUCAGCGCCUCGAGAGGCCCGCUCACGUGUUUGCAGUCGAAGAGGUUGUUGACGAUAAACCCUGGUUCCAUGAUAUCAAGUGUUUCCUUCAAAGCCAGGAAUAUCCACCUGGAGCAUCCAACAAAGACAGGAGAACUUUGAGAAGAUUGUCUGGUAAUUUCUUCCUAAAUGGGGAUGUUUUGUACAAAAGAAACUUUGACAUGGUACUACUCAGGUGUGUAGAUAAGCAAGAAGCAGAAUCUUUGAUGCACGAGGUACAUGAAGGCUCCUUUGGAACUCACUCCAAUGGACAUGCAAUGGCAAGGAAGUUGUUGAGAGCCGGUUACUACUGGAUGUCGAUGGAGACAGAUUGUUGCAAGCACGCUAGGAAGUGCCACAAAUGCCAGAUUUAUGCUGACAGAAUUCAUGUACCACCAACUACACUUAAUGUUCUUUCUUCUCCAUGGCCUUUCUCUAUGUGGGGCAUCGAUAUGAUUGGUAGAAUCGAACCGAAGGCUUCAAACGGGCAUCGUUUCAUUCUAGUGGCUAUUGAUUACUUCACCAAGUGGGUUGAAGCAGCAUCUUAUGCAAAUGUGACUAAGCAAGUUGUGGUCCGCUUUAUCAAGAAUCAGAUCAUCUGCCGUUAUGGUGUGCCCAACAGAAUCAUUACAGAUAAUGGAACGAACUUGAAUAACAAGAUGAUGAAAGAUUUGUGUGAAGAGUUCAAGAUUGAGCAUCACAAUUCCUCUCCUUACAGACCUCAGAUGAAUGGCGCAGUUGAAGCUGCAAACAAGAAUAUCAAGAAGAUAGUGCAGAAGAUGGUGGUCACAUACAAAGACUGGCAUGAGAUGCUACCGUAUGCUUUGCAUGGGUAUCGUACUUCAGUGCGUACUUCAACAGGGGCAACCCCCUUCUCUUUGGUGUAUGGUAUGGAAGCAGUACUCCCUGUGGAGGUUGAGAUUCCAUCGAUGAGAGUUCUAAUGGAGGCCCAGUUAUCAGAAGCUGAAUGGUGCCAAAGCAGAUAUGAUCAGUUGAAUCUAAUUGAAGAAAAACGCAUGAAAGCCUUAUGCCACGGACAACUUUAUCAACAGAGGAUGAAGCAGGCUUUCGACAAGAAGGUUCGUCCUCGUGUGUUUCAAGAAGGAGAUCUUGUUCUCAAGAAGGUUUUAUCUUUCCAACCCGACUCUAGGGGCAAGUGGACGCCUAAUUACGAAGGCCCAUAUGUCGUCAAGAGAACUUUCUCUGGUGGUGCACUGACUCUUACAACUAUGGAUGGGGAUGAGCUCCCUCGUCCCGUGAAUGUGGAUGCAGUCAAGAAAUACUUUGUCUAAAAAUAAAAGAACAGCUCGGUAAGUCGAAAACCCGAAAGGGCGGCUUAGGCAAAAAUGAGCGUCUCGGUGGGUCGAAAACCCGAAAGGGCGGCCCAGGCAAAAAUUAGAGACAUCAAACAAAAAAAUAAUUAGCCUGAUAGGUCGAAAACCCGAAAGGGCGAUCUAUGCAAAAGUUAAAGAUCAAAAGACAAAGUAACUGCAUCGAGAUGAUC